UGCAUCGAGUGGACUCGCUUGGGAUUCUUUCUAGACUGACUGGACUGGGCUGCAUUGUGCGAAGAACUUACUCUGUCAGGGGGCCCCUUUCACUGUGGCAUGUCGACACUAACCACAAACUUAUCAGGUACAACAUUGUACUUUUUGGUGCAGUGGACGGCUACUCCCGGAAGGUGAUGUGCUUGAAUGCUGCAACAAACAAUCGUGCAUCAACCGCAUUCACUGCCUUCAAAAAAGCUACUGAGAGGCAUGGAAUACCCUCAAGGGUGAGAGGUGAUCAGGGAGUGGAGAAUGUUGAAAUAGCCCGAUAUAUGUUCACUGUCCGUGGAACUGAUCGAGGAAGCUUCAUGUCAGGAAAAAGCGUCCAUAAUCAAAGGAUUGAACGUUUGUGGCGGGAUGUCAGAACAUGUGUGAUAUCAAAAUAUUACAACGCACUCCACAGCCUAGACAUGGAUCACCUUCUUGAUGUGUCCUCCAGAGAAGAUCUUUUGACAGUCCACCUGACAUUCCUUCCUAAACUGAAGGCAGACCUGGAGGCUUUUGUGGAAGGUUGGAACAACCACCCACUGAGAACAGAAGGGAAUAAAACUCCUGAGCAGCUUUGGCACUCAGGAAUGAUGCUUCGACCGAUUGACCAGCCAGAGAAUCUUGAGGAUAUUGAUGAGCCGGACAUUGACUGGGAUGUUGCAGCUGACUAUGGAGAAGAUGUGGAUGGUGUGAUAGUAGUCCCUGAAUUUGAGUGUUCACUGAAUGAACAGCAGCUAGUAGAGCUUCAGGUGCUGAUUGAAGAAAAUGGAGACACUGACACUAGAGACCUUUACCUCCUAUGUCAUGAAUAUGUGCUUCAGGCUUUAUCAGGUGUUUAA